UGGACCUUCUUCUCUGUCUCUCCUGCUGGUCCCAUGCUCAGCCUUGUGGACAGGGUCCCAAGUCCUGGAUCUCAUCACUGCAGACAAAUUCCAAGUGCACCUCCAGCAAACUGCGGAGGGUGGGGAACAUGAGAAGGGUCUGUCCAGAUUCCAGAUGGCUCAGAAGGCCCCGUCUGUGACCCAGGUGCCCAGACAGUGAGGAUGCAGCUGCCAUGCCCAGAUGCUGCUGGAGACCAACUCUACCUGCUCUUUCAGCUUCUGCAGCUGACAGACCCAAACCAUCACAGAGCUCCCUGUAACAGCAUUUCCUGCUAUAAAAACACCUGGCUCUGUUCAAAGAGAAUCACCUUCCUCUCUAAAGAUGGAGCUGUUGUUUAAAACAGAUUUCUGUGACCCUUUUGGCAAAUCCUGAAAGUGGUGUGGUGAAGACAUGGAUGUGACUCCCCCGGUCCACAACCUGGGUGUGGAGAUCUACCCAGGUACUGCGCAGCUGGCAGCCUCCAACAGCACCCCCACGGAGCUCAACCUGUCCCAGCUGCUGCUUGGCACUGCCCUAGUAAACCAGACAGGUGACCUCUCUGAGCACCAGCAGUAUGUCAUCGGCCUCUUCCUCUCCUGCCUGUAUACCAUCUUCCUCUUCCCCAUCGGCUUCGUGGGGAACAUUCUGAUCCUUGUGGUGAACAUCAGCUUCCGGGAGAAGAUGACGAUCCCGGACCUGUACUUCAUCAAUCUGGCUGCAGCAGAUCUCAUCCUGGUGGCUGACUCCCUGAUAGAGGUGUUCAACCUGGACGAGCAGUACUAUGACAUCGCUGUGCUCUGCACCUUCAUGUCUCUCUUCCUGCAGAUCAACAUGUACAGCAGCGUCUUCUUCCUCACCUGGAUGAGCUUUGACAGGUACAUUGCGCUGGCCAAGGCCAUGCGCUCCAGCCUCUUCCGCACAAAGCACCGUGCCAGGCUGAGCUGUGGCCUCAUUUGGAUGGCCGCUGUCUCAGCCACUCUAGUGCCCUUCACGGCUGUCCACUUGCAGCACACUGAGGAGGCCUGCUUCUGCUUUGCAGAUGUCAAGGAAGUACAGUGGCUGGAGGUCACUCUGGGGUUCAUUGUCCCCUUUGCCAUCAUAGGGCUCUGCUACUCCCUCAUCGUCCGGGUCCUCGUCAAGGCUCACAGGCACCGAGGCCUGCGGCCCCGCAGGCAGAAAGCCCUCCGCAUGAUCUUCGCUGUGGUCCUGGUCUUCUUCAUCUGCUGGCUGCCCGAGAAUGUCUUCAUCAGUGUCCACCUCCUGCAGCGGACACAGCCAGGGGCCGCUCCCUGCAAACAGUCUUUCCGCCAUGCCUACCCCCUGACCGGCCACAUCGUCAAUCUCGCGGCUUUCUCCAACAGCUGCCUGAACCCCCUCAUCUACAGCUUCCUCGGGGAGACCUUCAGGGACAAGCUGAGGCUGUACGUCGAGCAGAAGACAAACCUGCCAGCCCUGAACCGCUUCUGCCAUGCAGCCCUGAAGGCAGUCAUCCCAGACAGCACCGAGCAGUCGGACACCAAGUUCAGCAGUGCUGUGAGAGAGGCCUUGCCAGAAAUAGCAUGUGCUUGAGCAGGGUGGGCAGGAGGCAUGGCUGCAUCACACUCCCAUACCUCCGUGCUGUGGUGAAGAUCACACCUGCUGGGCAAACCCUGCUCCGGUCCUCCCUGGCCUUGUCCUGCUCACAGACUUGCAAGGAACCAAGCACUCGUGACUGCAGGUUGCACAGCUCUGGCGUCAAAGGGCAUGGGAACGACUUGUAGCUCAGUUGCUUCUGCACACUGUUUCCCCAGUGGAAAAUGAUUCUGCUCUUGACCAACAAAAGCAGAGGCCGAUCCUAGGGAGAGGACUUAGUUAAAAGGUAAACCUGCAAAAUGUCAGUGGUCCUGGGGUGAAAUGAAGUCUGGAGACAGAAUAUGCUUCCUAUACUUCUGAGUGUAAUUCACUCCACACACAGUAACUUGUGCAUCCUGAGCUGAAGAGGAAAAGAAAAAGAAAGAAGUGUUCCUCUUGUAUGCACCCAAGCAUUCCUAUCUCUUCCAGUGCCAUAGCGCUGCUCCUAGCCGGCCCUCAAAUACUGGCCAGGUAACUCUGGGUGCUGAGCUGGGAAGGCCCUCCUUUAGCAGAAUGCCUGCCUGCCUGCAGCCUGCUGCUUGCCCAGAGAUGCCACUUCAUCGCUAUAUUGUUUACAACAGUCUCUACAAUUCCCAGAGUAUGGGAUGAGACUGGGAGCCACCAUGAAAUACUCUGCAUGUACAGUUGAAAAAUUCGCCGCUACAAAUGUUAACAGUGGCGACAAUGAUGAUAAUAUAAACAGUUCUCAUUAAAAUGUAAAGAAAAGAAAACUGCUAGUAAUACGCAGCGUUUAUCAAUAAAAUGAAGUUAUGUGCUGAGUCUUCUAAAUGGUGUAAGCAGUUCCCUGGUGGGGUGAGAAGAGGGGCAAGGAGAGGCCUUCAGAAGGAGCCACAGGAUCAGAAUGGCCCCUUUGUCACAAAGGAAAAUGUGCCCACAGCCUCACAAAGCUCAUGCGCCACCCAGAGAACUCUUGGAGGCCAACAUCUAAACCUGACCAGCAGGACAGAACCUGGUGCUUCCAGGAGGCCUCACAGGCUGCAUCCUGCCACUGUGUGCACCACCCUUGGGCACCAAACACAUCUCACUAUGAAAGCAGAGGUGGGGCUCAGCCCUGUCCAGGUGCCUGCCCUGCUCAGCUACAGCUAUGAGCCCAUGGACCACUCACAGGGUGAGCUGUCAGCAAGAGGGCCCUGACCUGCUCUGUCCCAGAACAACCCUCUGCCAUGUUCAAGGGCCCACUUCUCUGGCCAAAGAGCUCAGGUCUUCAGACACACAUGCAGGUGCUGGGGCAGGGUGUCCCAAAGGAGAACACAGGUGACACACAGGUGACAGAGAAAUGACCAAGUGGGUUUUA